UUGGAGCUUUUAGACAAGGAAAAAGCUCUUGCACACGAGGAUCGUUUCAACUUUGAUCAUUCCUCCGCAAUUGGUUCCCAGCUGCUAAUCAAGCAUUUUUCUAUGCUCAAAGAAGGCGAAACAAUUGAAGUUCCAAUAUAUGAAUUCGUGACACAUACUCGAACCGGUAAUAAACUCAAAGUUGAUUUGUCCCAAAGAACCGUGACCUAUUACUAUCAGGAGCUAUUGGAGCUUAUGGAUGUGAAGAUUUUCGUUGAAACCGAUGCUGAAGUGCGUCACUCUAGGCGACUUCUUCGAGACAUUCGUGAGCGUGGUCGUCAAGUCAACGACAUCAUUCGUCAGUAUUUCUCGUUCGUCAAACCAGCUAACGACAACUUUAUCGCUCCGACAGGGUCUCGUGCGGAUAUUAUUGUCCUUUUCAAAGAUGCGAACCCCGUAGCGAUUGGAAGACUUCUAAAUGAACACUUGAAACGGCGCUGUUCCAGUGUGCGGUCCACGAACACGACUCCAUAUUAA